AGGCGAAAAGUCAUGGCGGCUGACAGUUUGUAAUGAGCCAACAAAAACAGACAAGAUUCUUGCUUCGGAUCUACAACAUUUAAACGAGUCCCGGGGAUAUAACAAAUUAAAUAACCUCUGUCGACAAAAUGCAGAUAACUUUGAAAACCUUACAACAGCAGACGUUCAAAAUCGACAUCGAUGAAGAGGAGACGGUGAAGGUGUUGAAAGAGAAGAUUGAAAAGGAGACUGGAAAGGAAAACUUCGCAGUUGAUGGACUGAAACUGAUAUAUGCUGGUAAAGUCCUCAACGAUGACACGGCUCUCAAAGAAUACAAAAUCAAUGAGAAGAACUUUGUGGUCGUCAUGGUGACGAAGGCUAAAACGGCCUCAGCCACCCCGCAGCCGUCACCUGCCACUUCGGCUAGCAGCGCUGCAGCCUCCUCGUCCGGCUCUGGAAGCGCAUCAGAGCGAGCCUCCACAGACGGCAAACCGGAGGAGACGCCGUCUUCGACUGCCGAGCCGGCUUCCACUCCUGUCGGAAGCUCUGAGGCGUCAACAAACACAAACCUGAUUGAUGAGGCGGUUUCUAAUCUAGUGACGGGCCCAUCAUACGACGCCAUGGUGACCGAGAUGAUGCUCAUGGGCUACGAGAGGGAGCGGGUGGUAGCAGCUCUGAGAGCGAGCUUCAACAACCCAGACAGAGCGGUGGAGUACCUGCUCACAGGUAUUCCAGGCAGAGAGCCGGGACCAGUGGGUUUGGUGACUCCAGUGAGUGUUCAGGCUGCACCCAUAGGUGGUAUUAGCCUUCCCGCCAACACUGGCUCUUCACCCAGUGCUGGGGGAGGCAACCCGCUCAGUUUCCUAAGAAACCAGCCUCAGUUCCACGUGAUGCGACAGCUGAUCCAGCAGAACGCCGCCCUGCUUCCUGCCCUGCUGCAGGAGAUCGGCCGGGAGAACCCUGAGCUGCUGCAGGAAAUUAGCAGCCACCAGGAGCAGUUCAUCCAGAUGCUGAAUGAACCCAAUCCAGAGGCGGUGCCGGCAGGUGGAGACGGGGGGACAGCAGGUGACGCAUCCGGCGGGAGUCACAUGAGCUACAUCCAGGUCACGCCACAGGAGAAAGAGGCCAUUGAGAGGCUAAAAGCUUUAGGGUUUCCGGAGGGACUCGUUAUACAAGCCUACUUUGCAUGCGAGAAGAACGAGAACUUGGCGGCCAACUUCCUUUUACAACAGAACUUCGAGGAUGAUUGAAUCUUCAUUUCGCUUCCUCGACUUUUUGAUUGCUGAAUGUGUGUACAAGCCUUUUACAGCUCACAACAACAAAAGAUGUAUUCACCACUUCCACAUUUACCUGAAUAACUCUGAAUCAUUAUCAGCGGUUUAUGAUCAGUUCGAAAAGGAAGAACAAUUGAAGUACGAUAACUUUUUAUCAGUUUCACAUGUGUGCUUUUGAUUUUCUUGAAUCAUUUAGUUAAUCAAUAUGAUUUAGCAGUAUGUCACAUUUUAAGUGAGGUUUGUUCAGUAGAGAUCUGACAGUAUUCAUGCACUCUUGUUUAGUUUUAUUUUUAAGUUCACAAGUAAUGAAGGUUUGAAAAAAUUAAAAGUUGUGCACAACAUG